UUUUGGAAGAAAAAUGGAUCGAGAACCACGUCUUCUUCGUUCUGCACGUCCCUUUGUACCUAUGGCUGUUCAUCCUACUAGUAGUGAAGAUGAUAAUGCAAUGCUUCAAAUGAUGUGUGAUUUAAUGUUAGAUGAAAUACAAACUCAAAUAGAUCGAGUACAAAAGGAAGCGGAACAACGUCGCCAAGAAGAGCUCCGUUUGACCAAAAUGCCUGACUAUACUUGGCUAAUUGACUGGCGAUUACGUGCAAAACGCCCACUUGGAUAUAGAGAAUGGCGUCGACGUGUACGUUAUGUUGAUUCUCGCGAUGAAAUAUUAAAUGUUUUUAGACAAACUGUUGAAUGGGUAAUUUCGGAAAGAAUGGAGAAUGAAUGCCGUAUUGAAUGCGUGAAUGAACAUGAAAUACAUGGGAGAACAGUCACAAAUACUCGACCGACAACUGCACAACCACUAAUUCCUCUGAGGGAACUGAGCGUAUUCGCAUUAACAAGUCCUCCAUUGCCAGGAGAGGGAACAGUUUAA